UUGUGCGUUGGCGUUUGGAAUGGGAGCUGAUUCGAGGAAAAUCCCAAACUCAGCGAUAACUGCGUCUUCAACGUGGGGUUCUCAGAACCACGAGGCUUGGAGAGGACGACUUAAUAACUACCCCACAUCUGGUGAUGCUGGAUGUUGGGCAGCAGCGUCUUCUACCGUAGGAGAGUACUUACAGGUUGACUUGGGUCACGUGGUAUACGUUACCAUGGUAGCAACACAAGGGAGGCCAACCGCUGUCGUGCAGUAUGUUAAAAAAUACAGCCUGGCUUAUAAAAAUAGCGACAAUUYGUUUGUGGAUUACAAAAUAGCAAACACUGUAAAGAUCUUUCAGGCGAACACUGACGCGACAACGAUCGUAACCCACAGGCUUCCCGAAAAGAUAAAAUCCCAGUACAUCAGAUUUGUUGUCCGAGAAUGGUAUUCCAGUGUUGCAAUGAGAGCCGAAGUCUAUGGAUGCCAAAUUCCUAUCUAAAUGGAACCCCAGUGGAUGCAGUGAGCAGUAGUUUCUUGGUGAAUGAGUGGUGAAUUUUAUGCACUAGUCUUUACAACAGUAAAACGUUUACAAUCGCUCCCUUUUGUUUUUCAAGGCUUUGUAAGGUUUAGUUUCGUAUAUGAGUCUUCCUUAUUCUUCGUUUGCACGUUACGGCAUCGCGGCCAUGUUGGUACCAUUUAACAAAAAAUUUCUCAUUAACAUCCAUUGUUAACGGUACCACAAUGGCCGCCAUGUUUUUGUUUUUUAAUCCUCUUGGGAAUGCUUGCAACCCAUCAAUAGUUAUGAAAGUCGGUUUUUUUGUGAUCUCACUUCAAUAAACUGUUUGACGCCAUUCACCAUUUUCCAUACAUCGGUUCACUGGUCAAACACAAAGCAUUCAGUCGAGGUUGCAAGGAUCAAAUUUGAA